AUGGCAUCUUCCAACGCAGGAAGGGUCGAGCUACCGGCCAACUUCGAAGAUGUUCCCAUAGACUAUGUUCUCCAGUUGAUAGCGGAUAUGCUAGAACGACUUAUGGCUCAUAACGACCAGAUACCCCUUUCUCCGGAAUCGUUGACUCGGUUUCAUUCGAGGACACCUCCAGGCAUUUCUAUCAUCGAUUACUUGAAGCGGAUUGUCAGGUUUACGAAUGUCGAGAAAAGUUGCCUCUUCCUCAUUCUUGUCUACAUCGAUCAGAUCUGUGCACGGUGGCCCGUCUUCACAUUCUCUUCUCUCACUGCCCAUCGGUUCAUCAUCGCAGCUAUCACCGUUUCAAGCAAAGGCCUAUGCGACACCUUCUCUCCGAACAAAUUCUAUGCCAGGUGCACUCGCGAAAUCCUUCAAGAAUACUACGUCAACCUCGCACGAACCCACAGUGGCGGCAAUUUUGUCAUUGCCGGAUCCAACUCCCCUCUGUCCUCUGAUAGCGACAUCGACAUGGACAGUAGUGGACAAUCCGCUCCACCUUCGCCUUCAGACAGGACAACCACAGGGCGCCGACAUCGCUCUCAGAGGUCAAUCUCUGAACCAUCGACGGUUCUUGUAGAGCCGGGAACCAGCGUCCAAGGAGUCGUCCAACGACCCACGCUGGAGCAAGAAAUGGCGUUCGCUGCGCUUCGAAAUACCCAAGAACGGAGAUAA